CUGAUUUGCCUUAUAAAGCAGGAGGAAGUGUGAGACGAAGGGCAGUAAGCUGUUGAAUCACUUCUCUUGCAAGAUGUUGAGGGUGACUCUGUGGUUGUUGGUGGGAGUGUUUGUGUGGGGGUUUGCAUCCUGCUCCAUCACAUGCCCGGAUGGGAAAGUCUGUACUGAUUUCAACACCUGCUGUAAGACUAAAGAUGGAUACAGCUGCUGUCACUAUCCAAAUGCAGUGUGUUGCUCUGACUUGGCCCACUGCUGCCCAUCAGGGUUUCAGUGUAGCUUGGAGAGCAUGAUGUGUGAGAAAAUCCCGUGGAUGAUGAUACCCAUGGUGAAGAAAGACGCUGCAGAGGAACCAAGCCGUCCCGUUCUACCUGUUUCUCCCCUUCAAGUGCCAGACCAAAAAAAGAGCUCAGUUGUUCAUUGUGACAACUAUUACAUGUGUCAUGAUGGCACUACCUGCUGCAGACACCCAACAGGUGCCUGGUUCUGUUGCCCCUACUCUCCUGGAAGGUGUUGUCUGGAUGGCUACCACUGUUGUCCUUAUGGCUACGACUGUGACCUCACAUAUACGCAAUGUGUAAGGCAAGGACUGAGAUAUCCUUUCACCCCCAAACAAAGUAUGGCGUCAGUGCCUGCCUCUCUCAUUUCGCCUUCAGAAGGAAAAAGCAGCAUGCAAGAGAGACCAAUGACCGCUCUGACAGAAGCCAAUGACGUCAUCACUGGAAAUGGAGUCAUUCGCUGUGAUCUCAAGUUUUACUGCUCAGCAGGGUUCACUUGCUGCAAAACACCCACAGACCAAUGGAGCUGCUGUCCCUACCCACUGGGCCAGUGUUGUACAGAUGGUCAGCACUGCUGUGAGUAUGGUUAUACUUGCGACCCCACCUCCCUGUCAUGCAGAAGAUGGUACUCUGAGAUCCCCUCUGGAGCUCAGAAAGACGCCAAAACAGACUGAGGACAAGUUUGUGCACUGUGGCAGCUGUGCCAUUAUUUUGUACAUUUUCCAGAUCAAAUCUAAUGCAUCAUAAUCAGACCUGGAUGACGGCUGAAUGACUGAUUAAUGUGCCUUCAACCUCAAAAAAUGAUUUCUCUCCAUGCUAAAUUCCUUUUAGAUAAACGUUACUGUCAUCUGUUUUGGUUCUCACAAGUGAUGUGAUUCAAACAUUUGUUUUGUAGCCUAUCUAUUGCUGUGGUUUAGGAACUGUGUUGAGACUGUUUAAUCUGAAGUCUUGGAGAAUCUUCAAAUCAUUUCAUAAUAUUUUCUAAUGAAGCAGGUAACUGAACAGUUGCAAACAUAUGAGAUUUUUUUAAAUAAAGA